AGUGACGUCCCUGAUCUCUUCAAAGUGUAAAAAGCUUUACUUUCAGUUUAACGUCGUCGGGCGACUUGAUGGAUUGUCUGUAAUUGCUUUCGCAUUUCAAGUGUCAGUAUUUGUUCGAGAACUCAAGAAAUUAAUUAUUGAAAAGUAUCUAAAAAUUAAAUUGUCGCGAAAUUACCGAAUGCACGGGAAAUUUAAUAAUUUCUAGUAUGGAGUCAUUUGCGAAAAUACCUCUUGGACAAACAGCUUUAAAAUUAGUAGAUCGUGUCUUGUGGGUGGUUGAAAAAUCAGCACAGUGGAGUCUUCCCGUUCAAGAACCCUCGUCAGAUGAAAAUGGAAAAACAUUCGGUGAAGUAGAACUUGUGAGGCCACUUCCAUGGAUCCUCUUCCUACCUGGACUAAUUUUAUUACGAGCAGUGAGAAUCGCACUCAACGUAGGAGCUUUUAUCUGCGGAUAUCCACAAAUUCAACCCAGUGGAAUAGUAAAAUUCAUUCAAAAACGCAGAAGACAACUAAGGACAAUAAAGAACAAUGGCUUCAAAAGUAUGCGCGCCCGUAAAGAAUUAACAGACCAGGACAAGGUGGUGGCAAAGAACGAUGCCAGGAAGAGUCUAAUAAAGUCGAUCCAGUUGACACUGUCCACUCUCUCAUGUCUCGAUGGCUAUAGGAAUAAUUCACCAUCGCCGCCUCCCACAAGAAUCCAGGUCUCCAACAAUUUCGAUCUGGUACCAGUACCAGUUGAAGAGGACACAACUGACUCGGCCAACAGUCCCAAUUCAAAACGCAAAUAUUUGGAAGUUGAACUUUCUUCGACUGACGAUGAUGAUGGCAGUGAAUCCGAGGAAGAGACACUCACAUCUCAAAUUGAGCGUUUGGCUUUUGAAAAAAGCAUCGACGAUCCAGAUUUCAAUCCCGAUGCAUUAUCGUCAAGUGACGUAACAGACACAAGUUUCGAGGAUGAAAUUUCUAUAAGUGAAGCAAAAGAUCUUGUGGCGGAUGCAAAAACAGACUUGAAGCACGUUCAACUUCAAACUCCUGAUGAACAAUCAAAACAGAAAGAGGUAGCAAUUCCUGAUGAGAAAACAAAUGUGAUGGUAAUGCCCGAAAACUCAGGCGCCAAUCAUGGGGUUGAUGCCCACGAUGAAGAAGAAAAUUAUUAUUCGCCAGUGAAUUUUGGAACUGAUGGCGAUCUGGCCUUUUAUUCUCCAAUCAGCUCGAAAAGCGUUUCACCAGAACGAUCAAAUUCCCCCAUUAAACAAAUCCAAAGCAAAGGAAGUAACACAAAAUCCAAUGACAUAGGCAAUGGUGCUCUGAAGACGAAUGAAGAACAUAUCUUCUCAGAGAAUGACGCUUCCAGAGAUUCAAAGAAGGAUUCUACAAAUGGUCACAUUGAGGGAAAAAAAUCGACGCACAGUGGAAAAUUCAACCACAAGCAUAGACGUUUCAGUCAUGGAAAUCGUAAAAAAAAGUAAUGAAAUUAAAGAAAGUUUUUAUUAUCUUUCUCGAUGUAAAAAUGUGUGAUUUUAAACAAAAAUGCACAAUUUAUGAAAAAAAAAUUUCAUUACAUCGUUUGA